AUGGCUGGAAACGUACCAUUCGCAUCGCUACCCAGGGCACCUAUUGACCCCAUGUUUAUCCUGAAAGCCCGAGCAGACAGCGAUAAACACCCAGACAAGGUUGAUCUGGGCGUUGGCGUAUACCGUCAGGGGGACGGAGGGUAUUAUGAGUUUCCGGCUAUUAAAAAGGCUAACAGACGACCGCAGGCGAAAGCGAUUCUUGCAAGGAGGAAUAUAGGCCACGACUAUAACCCAACAACGGGAAUCCCAACGUUCGUUCGUCUGGCACGACAGUUCAUGUUCGGAGACUCAAUUGCAUCAAUCCAGACAGUCGCAGGAACAGGGGCCAACCGCAUAGCAGCCGCAUUCUUGGCCGCGCACUACCGCAGCAAGGACAACGACAAAGCAACAGCCUACAUCGGAACCCCAGCCUGGGGAAACUACUUCCCCCUUUUCGCACACGCAGGGCUACCCACAGAGACAUACAGAUACUACAAUGCCGCCACACGCCAGGUUGAUAUAGAUAGCACACUGCAGGCAGCCGAACAAGCUCCGCGUGGAUCCAUCUUCGUCCUGCAAGCGUGCUGCCACAACCCAACAGGCGCAGACAUGACGGAAAACGAAUGGAAGUCCCUGGGUAAGAUAAUCAAGGAGCGGAACCACCUCGCCUUCUUCGACGUUGCGUAUCAUGGCCUAGGCGCGCCAGAGGAUGCUGCGCAAGACACCUGGCCCGUACGACACUUCGCGGCUCGCGGAGUCAACAUGCUCGUGUGCCAGUCCUUUUCAAAGAAUAUGGGCUUGUACUCGGAGCGGGUUGGCGUUCUGCACGUCGUCUGUCGGGAGGAGGGGAUUGCAGAGCGUGUGCAGGAUGUUCUGCGCUCUUUGGUGCGCUGGGAGGUCUCUUCUGCGCCGGGCUAUGGAGCGCGUCUGGCGGAGGUGAUUCUGGAGGAUGAGACGUUAUGCCUGGAGUGGUUAGGUGAACUUGCUAGUGCCGCGGGGCGUUUGGUUAGGAAUCGAGAGAGGCUGUAUGCUGAGUUGACUGGGAGUUUGGGGGCGCCGGGGGGUUGGGAGCAUUUGGUACGUGGGAAAGGACUGUUUUCGUUGUUGGGGAUUGGGGAGGAGCAGGUCGAGAGGUUGAUUAAUGAGUUUCAUAUCUACUUGCCUCCGAAUGGGCGGAUUAAUGUUGCUGGAUUGAAUGAGAGGAAUGUGGGUGUAGUCGCUAGGGCUAUUGAUCAGGUUGUACGGGCUGAUCGUUAA